AUGGAGUUAAAGGUCUGGGUCGAGGGAAUACAAAGGAUUGUUUGUGGAGUAACCGAGACUACAACUUGUCAGGAUGUAGUUUUUGCGUUAGCUCAUGCUACAGGUAAAGUGGGGAGAUUCACAUUAAUUGAGAGAUGGCGAAAUAAUGAAAGGCUCUUGGCACCUCAAGAGUAUCCUCUUAAGAUUCUUAUGAAAUGGGGAGAGUAUUCAAAUGAUAUACAAUUCAUUUUAAGAAGAUCAGAUAGUAACGAUAACCAAAAACCGAUACCACCUAAUAGUAAUAUUAAGUCACAAAAUGGAAAUGGUCAAAAUACACCCAAUCCCAACUUACAAGAUAAACAGAGUCCAGCAAAUAGAUCAAACUCUGCCUUUAACAAUGUAAAUACAUCACCGAGUAAUCCUGUUGGUGUGGUAAAGGGCAUACAACAGAGUAAAACCCCGGAAUCUGAUAGCCCUGUUAUGAAAGAUGUUCCACCAUACAGGGACCCUCCACCACCAUACAGAUCCCCUCCACCACCUCAGGGGCUUCAGAAGUCCCCCAGUCGAUCAAGGCCACGUUCCAAUCACAUGUCACCAGUGAACGAGCCAGAUGAGGAGAGAAAUCCAGAGGCUGUUAGCUAUAAUACACAGUAUAGGGAGCUUGUGUCACUCGUGAAUUAUCAGCGAGAUAAACUCUCCACUCAACAAGUUGAUUUGAUUAAGUAUGAUGCUGAGAUAGGUUACUGGGAAAACAAAGGUCGAGAACAGGAACGGCAAGUGGAGCUCUUACAGCAACAAAUCAAUUCUGCUGACAAUCAAUUAAGGAUUAGUACUGAACAGGUGCAAGCACUAAACUAUGUUGAAGAAGAGAGUGAAAUAGUGAAACAAAAUGAGAAAACAUUAAAAUCGGAGAUAGUACUGGUGAGAUCUAAGUUGGCGAAUUGUGAGACGGAGUUGUUGCAGUGUAAAAAUAAAAUACGUAAGCUGAUGGAGGAUAUACAUAAUGAACAGCGACUUAUGAAUAGUCGUCAGCAAGAGAAUAGGCAAGCAUUAGAGAGAACAAUGUUAGCAGAAGUGGAAAAUUUACAAACACAGAUACAACAAGCAAAGCACGCUACAGAGAUUAAUCACCUAACUGCUGAAAACCUAAAGCGAGAGGUGGGCGUAUUAGAGACAGCUAUAAUGGAGAAAAAACGACAAGUGGAGCGGCUCGUUCAGCAGAUGAAAGAAGCAAAUUUGCAGAGUCUUACAGGCAGCGUAGAUGAGCUGCGGCAUCCUUUAGACGGCAUGUGCAAAUCGGGCAGCGCUCGCCGUAUCAUAGGAUCGCCUCGGCAGUUGGAAAACGCCGCCCCCACCAAUAAGAAUCCACACGGCGUCUGGGUUUAA